AAGGUGUCACGUGCUUCCAUUCUCGUGAGUUAUUGUUGUCAAGAAAAGAUGGCGACACUACACAAGACAUAAAACUUUUGGAUUCUCUCAGGAUCUAUACUCGUACUCUAUAGAGAAGGUCUAUGUAGGCAGUCGAAGUGAAACAAGAAAAAGGACGAAAAUUGAACUUGUCAGAUUAUAUCAAUAUAACUUUUGAGUUGUCUGACUUUUUCUUUGUUGGCCCAAGAAAUUUACUUUGUAGUCGAGUCAUAAACGACUGCAAAACAUUGAUUAUUUGAACGUAUUGACCGUACGUCACCAUGGAAACUAAAGCCGAACCGACACCUACCAGUGGACGAACAGAUUCAGUGAAGGAGUAUCCCCCGGCACUCUCACUAUUGGAGCAGUUGGACCACCUGCUGGGGACCACUGGAUCCAUUAAGAGCACUAAAGACAUCCCCGAGUUUAUCAAGGUGAUGCAGGUGUCACAGUUUCUAGUGAGUCGAUGCAUUGUCCUCAACGUCAUUAAGUCAACCAAGUCACAGUCCACGCUGGAGGAGCUGAUGCAAGCUGGAGGGUGGACUGUUCUCAACCUGUGGCUGGCCGAGGCUAAGAAAGGACACAACAUGGCCCUCCUAGUGGAACUGUUGCAGGUGCUGGAAAGACUGCCUGUGACGGUGGAUGCCCUCAAGCAAGGCAAUAUGGGGAAGCUAAUAAAGCAGCUGUCAAAAGCAGAGAAUCCAGAGGUGAAGUCGUCUGCCAGUAAUAUCCUUGCUAAGUGGAUGGCCAUCUUCAGAGGACCACCAACUCCUUCAGCUGGCAAAGUCGAGGCCCCUUCCGAAGAACAACAUCGCAGCAACAGUUUCAGUGAAGACGAUCCGGCGAAACCAUCCAAACCUAAAAAAGACAAAGCAGACAAGAAAUCUUUGAGCACCAAGAAAAAAGAGAGUAAAUCCUCCAAGCCCCCCGUAGGUCCUCCUGUGGAGUCCAUCCAACCUCCCCCUGGCCCGAUGGUGGCACUGGGUAGACCAAGGGACAAGCCAGUCAAGAGACUCAGAGACCCUCUACUGGCUAAGAGUGGACAGCCCCCACUGGAGAAGAGAGUCAAGGGGAACAAUGACCCCAAAGGUAUCAAGGGUCCCAAGGAAAGCGAAGGUUUCAUGGCCUUCCUUAGCAACCAGGUCGCAACUAAGCAAAAGAAAGUCAAGAAAAUCCCCAAAAUAGCCAAAAUGAACCGAACUAAUUCUGUGACCAGUGACACGAACGAGGCGAGACCAGAGGUGACCACACCCACUGCAGACACACCCACUUUACCAGCACCAGAGGAGGAGGAAGAAGAGAUGGAGGUUACAAAUAGUGCAAAGAAGAAGAAAGUGUCGUGGGCAAGUGAUGACAACCUCGCUGUCAUGCACUACUUUGAGCUCGACGAAUCAGAAAGAGUAAAUGUGAAUCAUGUGAGUCGCAGCUUCCUGGCAGCUGCCCAGCAAGAGAAGAGAUUGGAGAGAGAGGCACUGGAGUCUGGGCUCAUGUUCAGCAGGGACAGACUCAACGAGGCCAUAGCUUGGGUGCGUCCCCUGCUGGUGGACAUUCCCCCGGACAUGGUUCACUCUCGAGGGGUGGCCAGUGAGGAGAGAGACAGUCAGGCAGAGAGAGAGAAGACAGUACUAGCACAACUAUUCCUCAGCAAGUCCAGUGUUCAGCCAUCUCCAAUGGAACCAGACCCCGAACCUUCUAUUCCAGAUCAAGAGCCUAAACUCAUCCCCCUGAACGAGCCUGGGGCACCGACCAAUCCACCUCCUCCCAUCUUCCCCCCACCACCCACUCUUCCGUUACCUCCUCCACAUGGACCCAUUGAGCCUCCCCUGAUGAGUCCUGGCACCACCAUCAACCAAGCACAGUCUCUCAUCAACUACUAUAGCAGUAACGUUGAGGGUCCCAAAGGUCCCCCCGAGUCAAUGCCACGAGAAAACGGACAAUUCUCCGCUCCUCCAGGGGGAUUCUAUCCAGGGGGUCCCCCCAUGAGAGGGGGCGAGGCUUACGGACCAGGAAGGGGGGGAUUCAGGAGACGAUUCCCACUCACAGGACUUGAAUCAAAAAUCUGCAAACACUUUCUGACUCAUGGUUGUCGUAUGGGCACCAACUGUCGAUUUCUACACUGCACACCCGAGGAGCUCGCUGACAAGAUAUCGCUAGAUCAGCGGCCACCCAUGAGAGGGUUCAGAGGUCGCGGACGGCCGUGGGGACGAGGACGAGGGGCUCCGCUGCUCCCCUCAGGACCACCCCCUAAUAUGGUAGAGGAAAUGGACACCUCGCUACCACCACCGACUAGUAAUGAUGAUGGAGAGACUAAACCUGUGAACACUACCAUAAUGUCAUCAUAGCUGUUAGCUUUAUGAUGUCCAUAAUAUGCAAUUGAUGGAUUUAUUCUGUCUCUCUUCUUCACUUUGUUCUGUGUGCACUCAUUUCUAGUAAUUUUGGUAUUAAGAAACUGAAUAAUUAUAUCGAUUAUCGUUCUACUAUUAUUGACAACUAUAAUUAUUA